CGCGCGCGUCUCGGCUUCGCAUCGGCUUCCGAACGCGAACGAUCGAUGGGCGCGUGCUUCUCGAGCCCCACCGGCGGCGGAUCCACCGACGCCGAGGUCCUCUUCUUUCCGGACGCCGCCGGCAUGCCCUGCAGGCAGCACCUCGCGGGGAAAGAGUGCAGACGCGCGAAUUGUACCUACGCGCACGCCGACACGAGCCUGGUCAAACUCCUCCGACGCAUCGACGCCGCGUCGAAGACCCUGGACGUAUGCGUCUUCACCAUCACGUGCAACGAGAUCGCCGACGCCGUCGUGCGCGCGCACGAGCGCGGCGUCAAGGUGCGCGUAAUCUCCGAUGACGAGCAGGCGCAUUCCACGGGCAGCGAUCUGCGAGCAAUCGCGGACGCGGGCAUCCCCGUCAGGACCGACGCGGCGUCCACGCACAUGCACCACAAGUUCGCCAUCGUCGACGGCGCGACCCUCAUCAACGGCAGCUUCAACUGGACCAGGCAGGCGGUGCUCGGUAACCAGGAGAACGUCGUCAUCGCGAGAGACGCCAAGUUGGCGGGCGUGUUCGCCAAAGAGUUCGACUCGAUGUGGGGCAAGUUUCGCGGUAACGAGUACGGGGGGCGGGGCGGAGGUGGCAACCGGGCGUGACGUGUUCGGGGGGAGCGAGAGCAUUAGAGACGGAUAGAGAGGUUGAGAGAGGUUGAGAGAGGUGCGAUGGUAGUCUACAUUCGCAAGCGACCGAUCGGGCAAUAAAGUCAAAGUAAACGCUCCUCGGAGCUGACG